AUUGGUCUCGCUUUGUCUCCCGCUCGUUUUCUUUUCCCGUCAGUCGGCCUACUAUCCUCUUCUUGACUUUGGACGAGCUGGGGAGCCUCGCUUCUCUUCAGCAGGUCCCCUCGGCGCAGGAUAUAAGUGUGCGGCGGGUCUGCUCAGCAUAAGAUUUUAUAGUGUUGGAUCUGUGGAGGUUGUUGAAGAGUGAAGCCGCAGCAUGGCUAGUGGUCCCAGUAGCACAACCCCAGGAUGGAAGCAGGUGUCUUGGCGGAAGAGACCGCAGAGUGUCGUGGCUUGGGAGAGCAAAGCUGAAUGGGACCAAGUGAUGGUGGGCCUAUAUUGUGGGGACCGUGAGAUACAACAGGAUGCGUUGGACCGAAUAUCUGCUUGGAAAAGCAGGUAUGGGCAUAGGAUGCCAUUAGCUGUGGAGUGCACUGCGGAUCUGAUUCGUUGUAAACUUCUAGAUGCCUCUGGUGUUCUGAAAUCCCAUGAACUGGUCCUUACGUAUGGUCUAGCUCUUGUGAGGUUUGUGAACCUCAUCACAGAGCGGAAGCAGAAAACGGUCGUCAUUCCACUGAGACGUCUAGCAAAAGAGCUAAACCUCCCAGUCUGGAUUGUGAACCUUCGUCAUGAUUUGACCCAUGGCAACCUACCUCACCUGGAUGCUUGCCAAAAAGGCUGUGAUGUUGUCCUGGAAUGGCUCCGGCAAACAUAUUGGAGCCGCCAGUUGGCCAAUAACCUAGUAAGAGGAUGUGAUGAGGAUGAGGAAUCUCCACUAGCAGGUACCGGGUUCAUCAGCAGUAUAAUGGAGCCUGAAAAAUUGGAGUCCCUCGACUGUCAGAGAAAUGUGGUGUUUCAAGAGAAAGUCAUGGAAAUUCUGGUUUCCUAUAAAAAUCUACAAUUUGAGGUUCUCCAGCAACUUCAGGACAUCAAUCAGGUCUGCAAAUUGUGGUACAACUCUUCCUCAGAGAUACAGUGGAUUGUGGCCCAGGUGAAAGAGUUGUUCCUAGAGAACAGGGAGGCUGUGAUCGAAGUGUUGCUUGAUGAUGGCUUUCUCAUCCCGACCACGGAAGAGCUGAACAUCUUGAAUAUUGAACAUCUAGAAACCGUGGAUUGGGAUUUUAGAAUCCCUCAGUCUUUUAGUUGCCUCUGGUACCCCCUCCUGAAGGGCCUGCACUCUAGAGACUUCACACAGACUCUGGCUGAGAUGCUCUUCCGUGAGCUGAAGAAAUUCUUCUCGAUUACCGAACUCCGGUCGGACUAUCUCGUCAGGUGGCUUACAAAAAUUAUAGAGACCAGCACACCAUCGAAGAAAAAGUCAAUGCAUUCCCACACAAAUAGUGAAAGCUCCCCGGAGCCAUUUCUUCAACAUGUUUCACUGCAGUGGCAAAAACUCCUUGAUUGUUGCCUAGAAGCUACUUGCUGGGCGAGUCUUCAUCUCAUGCACAUGAUUCUGGAAAAAUUGGAUCAGCCUUUGCCUCCAGAUUCCAAGGAAUUGCUUCUGUACCUCACCUCUAUUUACACCCAAGAGGACUGCUCCGUUCCCAGCCCAGGCUCAAUCCCAGAACUCCGCAAGCAGCCCAUUUAUACUGUGGAGAGCUUACAGUGGCAAGUGAAACAGAGCAAUAUGGCCAGAGGGCUUGCCAAAAGAGCUACAAGGCAUGAGUGGCCACUGGGAGAUAUUGAAGAAGAAGAAGAGAUGGAGGACGAAGAGGCAGAAGUUCAGGCAGCACAUCUCUACCCUGGAUAUCUUGAUGAGAGAAAGAUGGUUCUGCUCGGGUCGGUCUGGCAGGUCAGCCCAGAUAGGGUGAAGUGGGGAAAUUAUCCUUUGGGGAAAUUGCCUGACCAAUCAGAUGACCCUGACAACCUGCUGGUGGAGAACUACUCUGUGAUGCUGACACACGACCAGCUGAUUGAUGGAGGCAGGAAUAGCACCCCCAAUGCCACCUCUUCAGAAUGGGGUGGCUCUGUUGCUGAGGGAUUAUUAUGGACCCAAAGCGAUCUCCAUAAGAUCAAAAAUGGCCUUCAACUUUUCUAACAAGUGGAUGAUGUGCUGGUGGUGCAGAAGAAUAUACAGUGUGUGGAAUUGUCACUACUUUGCGGCCUAGGACCCUUGUACUUACGGGACCGUCUCUCCCGAUACGCCCCGCAGAGGACCUUAAGGUCCAUAAAUAGUAACACCUUAGAGGUCCUGGGCCCUAAGGAAAUCAAUUAGCCUCAACUAGAACCAGGGUCUUCUCAACACUGGCCCCAACCUGGUGGAACGCUCUGUCUCCUGAGACCAGGGCCCUGCGGGACCUGAUUUUUUUCCACAGGGCCUGUAAGACAAGAGUUGUUCCGCCUGGCAUUUAGCCUGGAGACAACCUGAUUCCCUCCCCCGUUUUCCCUUUUGUAUGCGGCUGCAUUUUUAAUUUUUUAAUGUAAAUUUAAAUGUAUUUAGUCUCGUCGAAUUGUAUUUUAACUACGGUAGUUGUUUUAUAUUUGGCGUUAGCCGCUCUGAGCCCGGCCUUGGCUGGGGGGCGGGCGGGGUAUAAAUAAAAAUUUGUUAUUGUUAUUGUUGUUAUUACUGCAAGUGUCACAUACAUACCCGUUCCACAUUUGUAAGAACUCAAUCAUUUAGUGUGGUGGCACCUACACUUCGGAACUCCCUACCCAUUGAGAUCAAGUAGGCGGUGUAUAAAUGAUGUGUACACUUUGCAGGGCUUUUUUCCAGCCAGAACUGUUGCGACACCUCCCAUGUACGCCACUUCUAGAAAAAUAGCUCUGACUAUGCAUAGCAGAGUCACUUACUCUUUAUAAGCAUGUUCUGCAUUCUAAUAAAAACACUAUUCAGUCCUUUUUCUUGCCUGUUGUUUAUUUU